AUGAAAUGCGGCUGUAAUGUUUAUCCGGUUUAAACAGAGUUAGCCCAUCGUCCACUACACUAACUCGGAGAUAAUCUGCUGUAACUCGUGUUUAGAAAACGCGUCGUAGAGAGACUUGGCUCGUCGUUAUUGUUAUGAAGUGACAGGAAAAGCUGACGUUACACUGGACCUGACGUUAGAUUGCCUCCGUAUUGAAAAUAAAGCUUUAAAACAAUGGCGCUGGUCAACGCACAAACCCUGAAAUCUGAGUUGGAAAUGUUCGACGUUCCCUGUCAGGACGAGAUUGUCCUGGAUAAGAUGGUGGAGCAGUGCAUUUGUAGCAGAAUACAGGCAGAUGAAAUGGUGCUGGAGUGGGUCGCGUACAGCUCCACGAAAAAUGGGUUAAAACUCAGCAUGGACACACUUGAACAGUUCGAACAUGAGGUGUUGAACAAGAAAAAAUCAAAACCAAGCUUCAGAAAAGAUGACACUCAUAAUAGAACCAGAGACAUCCACUCGCUGCAGGAACUAAUCAAAGCUGAAGAAGAGGAGGAUAAUCUUCUAGAUUCCUACUCUACUCCUGCGAAGGGUUCUCAGAAACGAGCACUGACCACUCCUGAACACCCCCAGUCAAAGAGAAGUGCAGCUCUGCUGGCCAGCCCUGGUCUGCUGCUGUCUCCUGCCAGCUUUUCUCCCAGUGCAACUCCUUCACAGAAGUACAGCCAGCGAGGAGGGAAAGGGGAGGUGGUGGUAACGUUUGGCGCUGUGCAGGGAACCCGCUGGGUUGGCAAAAGGUCUCCAGGUGCAGACGUCCCACUGGAGCUCCUGGAAGGUUCUGAAGACUCGCUCAGCUGCAGCUACAAGUACAUGUUCCAGAGGCUGCGAGAUGUGCGAAAUGUGUUGACAGAGAAGAUAGAAGAGCUGGGAGAGAGUCUCAAGUCUCAUUUCAGCAUCGAAGAGUUCUCUCCUGUCUCACUGCCUGCACAGGACGGUAUAACCGUGUUGGGUCAGGUGUGCUGUGACAGUAAUGGCAAACUAAACGCACAGUCCAUUCUGUUGGAGGCUGGGCCUGAGCAAGGUGGUCAGCAAGUACCCGUUGACAUAUCAGAGCUCAACGCUUACUCCCUGUUUCCUGGUCAGGUGGUGGUGAUGGAGGGGAUGAACACAACAGGAAGAAAACUCAUGGCUUCCAAACUGUUUGAGGGAGUCCCUCUUCCAUUCUACACUCCUGAGAUAAAAAUGGAGAUGGAUGAAGUUGCAGAGCCAGUGAAUGUGCUUGUGGCCUGUGGACCAUACACACCUUCUAACACCCUGACCUUCGACCCUCUGCUCGACCUAAUCACCGUGAUUGUCAGGGAUCGUCCUGAUGUCUGUCUGCUGCUGGGCCCAUUUGUCGAUUCCAAACAUGAACAAAUUGAGAAAGCUCAAGUAACGGAGACGUUUGAGGCUAUUUUCUCAAGAUGUAUUGAAAGCAUCGUGGAUGGAACCAAAAGUGUGGGCUGUCGUCUAGUGUUUGUGCCCUCACAGAGAGACAUCCACCACCAUUUCAUCUACCCACAGCCUCCCUUUACACUGCCAAACCUCAGCAAAGACCAGGCCAAGCGUGUCUCCCUGGUCCCCGACCCCUGCACCCUGCUGAUUGACGGCGUGACCUUUGGUCUGACGUCCACUGACAUCCUGUUCCACAUGGGUGCAGAGGAAAUAAGCUGUGGCACUGGAUCGGACAGAUUUUCCCGCAUUCUGAAACACAUUCUGACCCAGAGAAGUUACUACCCGCUGUUCCCGCCCGUGGAAGACGUCAACAUGGACUAUGAAAAGUUUCAGUGCUUUGCUCAGAUGCCGCUCACCCCCGACGUUCUCAUCAUUCCCUCUGAGCUGCGUUACUUUGUGAAGGACGUAGUCGGCUGUGUUUGUGUCAAUCCUGGACGUCUGACCAAAGGUCAAGUGGGCGGGACGUACAGCAGACUGCUCAUCCACCGCAGCACUGCAUCAGAGGACGGGAAGAGAGAGAGCCCCUGUUUGGCUGCUCAGGUGGUAAAAAUCUAAAGACUCAAAUUUCACAGUCCCCAGAAGUGACCUGAUUUAACCUGGACCAGUUUGAAAGCAGAUUUUCAUGCUGCUCUUUGACCAGAGACACUUUAUUGGUCACCUCAUGAGACCAAUUGUUCUUUGGUUGGAAAGAUGACAGUGGUAAUUAUCUCUUAAAUAAAUUAUUGUCACCAUUUGUA